AUGCAACUCGUCGUCCUCUUGCUGGGCACCGCCGACCACCGAUAUCCGCCAUACCUAUGGCGCCGAGACCUUCGCCUACAAGAGACCUGCAACGUCCCACCUUCCUUCGCCUCAGCAAAUUCCUCCGCCUCUCUCACGAAUGGAGCGUGCCCUGAUCGGAAGGAUCAAUCUCGUGAUCCACUAGAUUUCCCUGCUACAUUGCCCUUGCCUCCCAAUCACCUUCAUGGAAAAACUGCUCCGCCGACUCUCUUGCCCGGUAGGGCCUUUUUCAAUUCUAUUCGGUCCUCAUCAGACAAGGGAAAACAAAAGGCGCGUGAACCCAAACGAAAAACUGUAAACGUUCCACUCGGACAAGCUACCUAUGGCGACGUUGUCGGUGUGGAUGACGGAAGACGACCAUUUGUUCUCUUCUUUUGCCUCAGCUGGUUCCAGAAAAAGGAGAUGAAGCAGGAACCACGCCCAGUCUAUGAUGACGAACUCGAGGACGAUGAAGAGGAAAAUGCUCUUGGUCCAGUCGCCCUACCUCCUCCCAGGGUCCAGCACGAAGAAAUCGAGUUGAAAACGAUGACUAGUCAAUCACGGUCAGAAGCAGGACCAUCUCGCCUUGUAGUAACCGACCACUUGGAGGCCCAGUCUUCAUAA